AACUACAACUACAACUACAACUACAACUACAACUACAACUACAACUACAACUACAACUACAACUACAACUACAACUACAACUAUAACUAUAACUAUAACAACAAAAAUGGCCCGCAUCUUGACCACCUUGCUCGCCCUCUCAUCUCUUGUGCUCUCCACUAUCUCUGCCCAAGUGACCUCCGCCUACCUCCCCUCCAAAGCCGUCGCCCCCGUCAUGAACUGUACCAUCGCCACCCCCAUAACCGUCCUCCGAACCGGGCAACCUUACCUCGUCCAGUUCUCCGGCUGUCGUGGCAACGGCCGCCGCGACACCAUCCGACUACGCUACGGCAAUCCGACCAACCUCUUCAUAGAACGCGUCCCCGCCUGUGUGAAUGUCGACUUCGCCACCGGACACUGUGUCUUCACACCCACCCGUCCGGGCGUCGGAUUCGUCUUCUCGGCAAUCGACGGGUCUGGAGUGCCGACAUACAGCGGGCCCUUCACCGUUGUUGCAGCUUCGACCCCCUCCUCCGCCGCCGUGACUACUGCACCCGCUACCGGUGCUGUGCCUGUGGCUCAAAGACUGACUAGUCCGACGUCGGCACCUAUCCGAUCUGGUCCCGCGCUGAUGUCAACGAGUGCGACGACUUUGGAGGCUGAAACGGUUACUGCCCCCCGAGGUACUCAGCCGAUGGGAACGACAUACAAGACGGUCAAGCCUCAGCCGGGGAAGAAGCGGAUGGUGUAUGACUUUGUUGUGUAGAAGCUGCGCUAGCUGUUCGUAUCCCCAGACCAUCUAUUACUUUUAUAUAUAUAAUUUUUGUGCGUUGUGUAUAUUUUUCCAAAAUAUAUAUGUUGUUGUUUCUAGUAAGUGUGCAUAGUAAAGUCGACGGAUCAAUAAACCAGACGAGACCAUGCCCGAAAGAUGACACGCGAGGUAGCCUGGUAAAACCGCGGAUAUACUUUGCAAAGUGACUACACAGACCUUCAGUGUCAUCCAAGAAGGAAAACCUGGGUCGGCUCUCAUAC